CAUACAUGUAUACAAAAAAAAAUAUAACAUGUGUAUACAUAUAUAUACAUAUAUGUGUAUAUUUUUCUUCUCAUUCGACGAUUGGAAAUGGAAUAUAUGAACUUACACGCGUAAUGAAUAUAUAAUAUCGUCCAUACAUGUAUACGUACUCAUGUCAAAGAAAAAAAAAAGACGGUAUACAUAAUAAAUUUAUAUAACAUUAAAGUGCAGGUAUAUUGAAUUCCAAUAUCGACACACCUAAUAUAUAUAUAUAUAUUGAGUGCUGGUUCGCGGGUCCAAAAAAAUGUAGCUUAUUUUUAAAUAAAUUUAACGAACCGAAAUAUAAAAUUUAAAAAAAGAAUUAAUAAUAAUAAUAAAUUUUAAACUAGGAUACAAGUAAGAGAUGAAUAUAAUCGUGUAUGAAAAAUAAUUAACAAUCGAGUGAUACAACAUCGAGAGGCGCAACACGCAAAACCCGGGUGCGAAUACAUAAUUUUGCACUCGUUUAGAAUACAGACAUAUAACCUACAUUAUACUAUAUACAUAUAUACAUGCAUACAUACCUACCAUAGAACGAGAUUACCAAUUAGAAUCGAACCGAUAAUAUAUACAUAUGUUCAGGUUAACAAAAAACGCACAGGCACACACAAGCGCGCAUAAAUACAAACCUAUCAUUCAAGAGUGGUCCAAUAAAUUAUUAUAGAGUGUCGUGGUCCAAUUCAUAGUGGCUUAGAAGUUUAACGAUUUGUAUUUUUUACGACGGAAACGUAUAUGGAGGGAGAGAUUCUUUCUUUCUUUUAACGUAAUACCAUACAGGUGGGAUAAUCAAUGUAAUAUACAUAUAUAUAUAUACACACAUACAUAUACAUAUAACAUAAUAUUCAUCAUAUUUUAUAUGAUAAACGUACGAGAGAAGAUUCAAAAACGUUUUAACAACGCUUGGAAAUAACCACUUUAUAUGAACGUGAAAAGUAUAGGGCGUAAGUAAUUUUGAGAAAGUCGAGAUCAAAAAAAAAAGAAAAAGAAAAAACAAAAUUAACAAAUAAGACGACAAAGGAUAUAACGAAAAAAUUACUCCGACUAAAGUGUUUCUCGUGAAUAAUAUUGUGAUGAAACUAGACCAAGAAAAAUAGAAUUUAUUCAUUAUCGAAAAUAAAUUGGAUAAUCAUUGAAUUACGAAUGUGUAAUAAUAAUAAUAAUAAUAAUAAUAAUAAUAAUAAUAAUAAUAAUAAUACUAAAGAAAAGAAAGAGCGAGAGAGUGAGAGAGAGAAGAUUUUCGCGAGUUGUAUAACAGGUGUACGAUAACGCGAAAGCGUGAGGAGUGUUUUGAUCUUGAUAUUUUCAAGCGUUUCGAGAAGCAUGGCAUCGUCAAGCAGAUACAGCAGCUACAAUUGCCUCACUAGCUGGGACAGCUACGAUAGGAUUCCAAGAGUACGAGUGGAGUACUACGUGAAUGAGAACACAUUCAAGGAACGUCUACAGCUCUACUUUAUAAAGAACCAGCGCUCGAGUCUGAGGAUACGGCUGGCCAAUCUUUUCUUCAAACUAAUCACCUGCUUCCUCUACAUAUUCAGAGUCGUCACUGACAGCGAUCCAACGUUCGCGUCAUGUUACGGCUGCACGCCAGGGAACAAAACCGAGUUCCUCGUCUCGCAGAAUCUUACCGAGGAAGAAUUUCAGGAGAAUCCAACCAUAAACUGGGACGCCAUCAUCUGGGUUGGGAGGCCUCUCGAGCUAUGGGUUAUCCAGGUCAUUCUCGCCAUGGUAUCGUUGACGGAGGCUCUCCUCCUCGCCUAUCUGGGAUACAAGGGCAACAUCUGGCAGCAGCUUCUGUCAUUCCACUUCAUCCUCGAGCUGGUCAACACGAUCCCCUUCACCAUCACGCUGCUCUAUCCGCCGAUGAGAAACCUCUUUAUACCGGUAUUCCUAAACUGCUGGCUGGCCAAGCAUUCUCUGGAAAACAUGUUCAACGAUCUUCACCGGGCAAUGCAAAAGUCACAAUCGGCCUUGAGCCAGCAACUGAUGAUCCUAAGCGCCACUCUCCUCUGCCUCGUGUUCACCAGCGUUUGCGGAAUCCAGCACUUCCAACGCGCAGGGCACAGACACCUCAACCUCUUUCAGAGUACCUACUACGUCGUCGUGACAUUUUCAACUGUCGGCUACGGCGAUUUCGUACCCGACAUCUGGCCAUCUCAACUCUACAUGGUCAUCAUGAUCUGCGUCGCCCUUAUCGUACUUCCGACUCAGUUCGAGCAACUGGCCUUCACGUGGAUGGAGAGACAAAAACUCGGGGGUUCCUAUUCAUCGCAUAGAGCUCAAAGCGAAAAGCAUGUGGUCGUAUGCAGCACGACAUUGCAGGCCGAUACGAUAAUGGAUUUUUUGAACGAAUUUUACGCCCAUCCGCUGCUACAGGACUACUACGUCGUUCUUCUCUCCCCUAUGGAGCUCGAUACCACGAUGAGGAUGAUCCUACAAGUGCCGAUUUGGGCACAGAGAGUAAUUUACAUCCAAGGCUCGUGUCUGAAGGACGGAGACCUUGCCAGGGCUCGAAUGAACGAGGCUGAAGCAUGCUUCGUUCUGGCGGCUCGAAACUACGCCGACAAAACUGCUGCUGACGAGCACACGAUACUCAGGUCAUGGGCGGUGAAAGACUUCGCACCGGCGGUUCCGCAAUACGUCCAAAUUUUUCGUCCGGAGAACAAACUCCAUGUAAAAUUCGCGGAACACGUCGUGUGCGAGGAUGAAUUCAAAUACGCUCUACUAGCCAACAAUUGUACGUGUCCCGGGGCCUCGACACUCGUCACAUUGCUGCUUCAUACUUCCAGGGGACAAGAAGGCCAACAAUCGCAAGAAGAAUGGCACAGGCUAUACGGAAAGUGUUCCGGUAACGAAAUAUAUCACAUUAUUCUUGGGGACAGCAGGUUUUUCGGCGAAUACGAGGGUAAAUCGUUCACCUACGCGUCCUUUCAUAGUCAUAGAAAAUACGGGGUUGCAUUGGUCGCUGUUCGCCCUGCCGAACUGCCGGAGUUCUACGAGGACACGAUUUUGCUUAAUCCAGGCCCACGCCACAUAAUGAAGAAGACAGACACCUGCUACUACAUGAGUAUAACGAAAGAAGAAAACUCUGCCUUCGUUGUGGCGAAUCAUCAGAGCGGACUGAUAUCGGAGCCAAACCAAGUCGUCGUUGAGACGAAGGCGGACACUCCAGCACCUGCCGGAAAUGUCGGAAGUGGCGGCGCGACGAGGGGCGGGGACGCGAUAACAACUGCAUCUUCACAAGGAGGGAAUGGUACUGCAAUGAACGUCGGUCCAGAGGAUCACACUCACCGCCAUCACAACAGUUCUAACACGCUGAGUGAAGUACCCAAGGCCUGCACUGGAAACCAGGUGGAGGGCAAAGGCCAAGCUCCGAGCCUGGCCUCAAUGCCUCCCCAGGUUAUCUUGCAGGUCCCCCUUAGCACGCCUACACUUCACCAACACCUCAACCUACUCGCAUCCGAUGUCCACCCUAUGUACCUCGAUCCUGGAGGCAUGGGGGACUCGCGACAGUGUCUGAAAGAAGGUGGAUCGACCCCGCAAACGCCGAUAACUGGAAAUCAUUUGGAUGUACCAAGAUCCGUCGACCCUAAUCCUAAUCUCCUCAGUCCGGAAAUACUAACGCAGAGAAGAGGGAGCCGACGACCCAGCAUAUUGCCUGUACCGGAUAUGCUGACAAGUUCAACGUUGCAUCUUCCCGGUCAAGAAUCAUUGGAUCACGAAGGUGACGAAUCCGAAGAUGAGAUGGACGACGAUGUUCCAUGGAGAUCGCCUAGUGAAAAAAUUGCCCUCAGAGGGAUAGUGAAGGGCUUUCCACCAGUGUCACCGUUUAUAGGUGUCUCUCCGACCCUGUGCUACCUUCUCAAAGAGAAAAAGCCACUCUGUUGUUUACAACUUGCACAGGUCUGUGAACAUUGUUCAUAUCGAAACGCAAAAGAAUAUAACUGGCAGAAUAAAACAAUUAUAUUAGCGGCAGAUUAUGCCAGCAAUGGAAUAUACAAUUUCAUAAUUCCGUUAAGGGCCCAUUUUAGAUCGAAAACAUCGUUGAACCCAAUAAUUCUGCUUUUGGAAAGGCGGCCGGAAAUCGCAUUCCUCGAUGCGGUAUCAUAUUUUCCACUGAUCUACUGGAUGUUGGGAUCCAUCGACUGUUUGGACGACUUGUUGCGAGCGGGUAUCACGCUGGCCGAAAAUGUUGUAGUUGUAAAUAAAGAGCUGAGCAAUUCAGCCGAAGAAGAUACCCUGGCUGACUGUAACACCAUCGUCGCAGUGCAGACAAUGUUCAAAUUCUUCCCUAGCAUAAAAAGCAUAACGGAGCUGUCCCAAUCCAGCAACAUGAGGUUUAUGCAGUUUCGUGCUCACGACAAAUAUGCCCUUCAUCUCAGCAAAAUGGAAAAGGUACUCCUCAGUACUACUUCCGGUGACAACUACUCCGAUGAGCCUCCGAUGGGCUCCCCGAAAGAAAAAGAACGGGGAUCACACAUAUCGUACAUGUUUCGCCUGCCGUUCGCAGCUGGGAGUGUCUUCAGCGCUUCAAUGCUCGACACGCUGUUGUAUCAAGCUUUCGUCAAAGAUUACGUCAUCACGUUCGUCAGGCUACUUUUGGGAGUGGAUCAGGCACCAGGAUCCGGCUUUCUUACCUCUAUGAGGAUAGCAAAGGAUGACAUGUGGAUCAGAACUUACGGUCGUCUGUACCAGAAACUGUGUUCCACGACAUGCGAAAUACCGAUCGGUAUUUACAGAACUCAGGAUACAACGGCAACAGAAACUUCGCAGGCUGACUCAGACGCAGAGAGCGACACUGGCGUUGGGGUAACAUAUAAAGCCCGAUAUUCAGCCGCUGCAUCUUGCUUAGCUAAUUGCGCUACACGUGACAAAGGUGCCUCUGCCUACUCGGUAAGCCUUGGGGACGAAGCACGAGACAACCACGCCCAACAAAUAGAACGAGCGGAGAUAGCGAACCUGGUGCGAUCGAGAAUGGAAUCCCUGAAUCUACCCGUCGCUGACUACGACGACGUGUCGGAGAAACGAAACUCGCUAUCUUAUGUGAUAAUCAACCCUAGCUGUGACUUGAAACUAGAAGAAGGGGAUAUAGUGUAUUUAGUGCGCCCCAGUCCGUUCUCCGCCCAAAAGACAUUCGAGAGACACAAUUCUAGGCGGAAAAGUAACAUUAGCUUCUGCUCUGCUCAACUGGUCGCCCAGAUGAGCGCAGCGGUUGCCUCGGCAGGAAUUGGUGGCGGCCCUGGGAGCCGGCGAGGUUCGGGGAUUGGGUUGGCUAGAGCGCCACCUCUUGGAAAUACCAAAUCAAAUUCUCUCUCUUUACCGGACAGUCCCACUGUAGCCGGUCAGCUCCGGGGCCGUUCUAAUUCGUUGAGGGUAGUCGAUGACAUUUUACUCCGACGAAGCAAUUCUCUCAGACAAGGUCUGACGACCAGACGGAAAAGUAGCCUCGAAGACAUAGGUCUGGGCGCCCUGUCUCACCCUUCGAAUCACAAUCCAAUUAAAAUUGCUCUGAACGGCUCUAUCGGCUUAGAGGUCACUCCGCCGGAAGAGGGAACUCCCGGAGGUGGCGCUAGUAACACCGGAAUCCUCGAUGUAGGACUGCCUUCCCUGUCAGCGAUGGGGGGCAGUUUGGGCCCCUCGCUUGGUGCCGGCCUCGGUGGCUCCCUGGGAGGUCUUUACGAUCCACCAUCGAUCCAGAGUCCGAUGGGACCUCCGAUGCAAAUUCAAGGGAGUUCGCAGGACCCCCAACACAUCCAGGGGACGAUAGUAUGAUACAACCUUAUGUGGGGACGCCGACUCUCUAGCGUAGUUCGGAAUAAAUGGCUAUAACGUUCCCACAUAGGCAACAAAUUCUAUCCGCACAACGUACGAGUUUCAAAGUUUUAACUCUCAUGGCGCGGAAGAGUAACAAGCAAAGUUGGACGCGUUAGAAAAUAUCGAUUUUUUUCGAGACACGUGAAAUCGAUUUGGCUAGCCGAAAUAAUAAUGGAUACUAGCCUGAAUCGUUACAACCAAGACUUACUCCGACGUAAUUGUGCUAGGGGAGCAUACAUCUUGAAAUGUGAAAUAAAAUUAAUAGAAAAUACAUCGAAUCACGGCACAGAUCGUGAUGCGAUGUGUUUAACAUAUGGCUUAGAGAGCUACGACUUAAAGCUUAUAAUAUUUAUUUCUUUUUUUCCUGACAAUAACACAAUAAGGCGAAAAGGGUAAACAAUUAUCGAGCUACGAUAAUGAAAUAGAAACUCUCAACUCUGGGAAAGAAGAUUCUCUGAAGCACUCUUUGAAAUGAAUUUCUGCAUUAGGGAAAACGGAUUGUAUGACUUUAUUUUUACCUUUUUCACAUACAUCGAAUAACAUUAAAUCGCUUCGUUGCAAAUGGUUUCGCAAAAUUAUAUAGAAAUUCAGAAACACCCGAAAUAAAUUGGCCAGCAACAGAAAAUAUCCGACAAUAAGUAUAUUUCGCGUAUACUGACUUUUGCAAAGAAAAAAACUUUCCCUUCGACUUUCAGACGCGUAUUGUACGGAAAAUAUUGCUGAGAAAGUACAAAAUUUCCGCAAUGAUUCAAAAUGGGUAUUCAGAGAAAUGUUUUUACCAUUAAAACACUGGGAUGUUUAUUGCAUCAUGCCGAUAAACUAAAUUUCUAAACACGUCUCAGAGUUUUGAACGUUUUAUGAUUCCUCCUGUGAACUCCCUCGAAAAGCUGCCAAUUUCUAUGCAGGUACUGUUCGUCAAAUUUUCAUCUAUAGCUCAGAGAUUACGUAUAAUUGGCCGGUACCCUUAUACCUUCGUUACAUUAUAAGCUAUAAAUGAUCUGUUAAAUUCGGUCGGAUAUUUACUGCGAGUAUCGGUGCACAAGCUGGUUUACCCAGCCCUAUUUUAUAUGGCAAAUGUAAUACCACAAUAACUCGAAAUAUAUUAGAUUAUUCUAGCACGUAAUUCCAUUAGACGUACAACUAUAUUAAGAAGACUCCACGACUUGAUCAUUUUUAUACUAUGAGAAUAGAAGAGUGUGACCAUGUAAUUCAUAUCAUGAGAGGAUAGAAUUAAUAUAUAUAAUACGCUAUGUCUACACGUACGUUACUGUAUUGAAAAAGAAAUAUGGUGUUAUUUUUUUUUUUCUUACCCAACUUUCAAAUCUCUUUCGUCCAAUUUCGUAUUGAACAUAUUCGGAAAUCCGGAUUAAUGUACGCGGAAUUUGACUUGUUUGUGAAAAUACGUACAAUUCCAAAGUACAACAGACUGGCGAUUCGCGAGUUAAUUAUUCAAGCGGAAUGAAACGGUGAAAUGAUUGAGAUCCACUUGAAAAUUUUCUCUUGAACUUGAAAUUUCCGGACUUCCAGGGCUAAUUUUCAAAUCCUGUCGGUUGAAAUUGAUCCUCUGGAUAAUCUUGGAGGAUGAAUUUUAACUGAAAGCAAAGAAGAAACGGCCCUCGAUCCUUGAGCUUUCAACAAGAGGUUUCGUAGAUGGGAAAGAAAUAGAAAUGAUACUAAUCUUUUAUAAACUCUCUAAGACAGUUGUAGGCGAAUAUAUAUUUAUAGAAUCUAUUAGAAUUUUGCAAGCUUUUUAGAACGAGUUAAUAAAUUACGAUGAAAAUGUUAAGUGAAAGAGAACAAGUGAUGUAUAAUUAUGGAAUGUGGUCUGAUUGGACUUGAGUAAGAAAAAUUUGGCUGCUCUUUUCAAAAAGAAUUGUAAUUAAGAAAUAACAUAUUAUAAAAUUUAUUACUCGAAACGCGCGAGAAGAAGUAUAAUAUUAGCUUAGAUAGAUGAUAUGUUUAUAUUUUAUUUUUGUAUUUAUCGGUAUGAGUAUUAUAGGUCAUGACCACGACUGUCAGACUUGAUAAUGCAGAGGCGUUCUCAACUGAUUUUAUACUCGGCCAUAUUUAUCUCCAAAUUAGGGUAUAACAACUUAUACAUGUAAAGAUUUUUUAUCAAUAAACUCCGUGGGGAGCGUCUCUGCGAUUGGCAAGGGCCGUAACAUUGAUAUUCACGAUUACUUGUAUUGUUUUGUAAAGCUAAGUGUCAAGGGAAAAUUGGCACGCACAGCAUCAUGGAAAUUCAACUCGAUUUUGCUGGUAUAAAUAGCAUCGUAAAAUUGUCAUAACCGGAACGAAAUCGCCAUCACGUUUUUACCAAAUAAUACAAUGAAAGGAAAAGAAAAUCGUAAGGGGCCAUUUCCAUUCUGCUUAGAUGUUAUGUAUAUUAUACACAUAGACAACCGAUUGCAAAUUCAGUCUCUACAUAAAAUACAGUACGGCAUAUAUAAUAUAUAAAGUAUAAAUUAUACCGAGACAUUCCAACACUCCUAUUAUGUGCAUUUCCAAUAUAUUAUAUACCUAUAAUUGACUUACUGCAUGCGCAUGAAAAAUAUUGACGGUUAUUUAAUAUUUGUGAGAAAAAUUUUGCUUCGAAAGUUUAACGAACAUACGUACAAUAUUCAUAUAGAUACACAGCAUGUACACGUGUUAUAAUAUAUACGUGUAACAUGUUGACCGACUUGUUAGAAUGUGUUUUACCUUAAUUACACAUAUCCAGGUAGCACUCGUGACUUGAGAUGCUUAUUAUUUCUUACCUAUAUCUCAGGUCGAUAUAAAAUCAACGGAAAUAAAUAAAUUGAAUUAUAAGGGUAAAAAAUCGUAAAGUCAUGACUUUUCAUCUAAGCUUCGAAAUCACUAUGAAUAAAUUAAAAAUUAAUGCAGAGAUCGAGCAAAAAAACUUUUGCUUUGUUAUUUGAAUUUCAAAUUUCCCCUUGACCAUAAUUAUUCAAUGACGAUAAUUCACGAUCAACUUUUAUCGGCAUAUAAUAUGGUCAACUACUGUUCAUAUUUUUUUUUUCUUUUUCAGUGGCAAUCAUUCAUCUCUGUGCUACUUGGGUAUGCUAUCCUAGGAUUGCAACAGACAUUUCUAAAUCGUCAGAAGAGCCCAGAUUAGCUAACGAAUUUAAUGUAAACUGUGUUUUGUGAAACCAAAAUCAAUCGCACAUUUUCCCUCGUUUAUUCAAAGAUUCAGGAUAAUCGUGAUAUAAGAGAUAUUAAUCACAACAUUCCCAAUUUAUUUCUGACAAUCCGCGAUGUUUAUACAAUUACUUACAUCCUUGCCAAAUGGAAAAUAAAAGGUACGCGAAUAAACACUUUCCGCACCGGAAACAAUCUGCUUAAAGCCAAUGGCAUUAUGCUGGCUCACUGUGACCAAUUUACAAAGUAUAAUUCUUCGUAAUUCAUCGUUAUGUGUAGGCCCUGACAAUAGACAAACAUUCUCGGCAAUUGACGAUUACACACUUACCGUAAGCUUGUGUAGAGAAACUCAAUCUGAGCACGAAACUCAAUACUAUCUAUCGUCAGAGCCUAAACAUGAAGUUAUAAUUUUUAUACAAUUACAUUUUCAAACAUUGACAACAUGUAUUAUAUACAUAUUAUAUUGAAUUAUAUUAUAUUAUUAUCAUACGUAAGAAAGAGUAUUAUUGAACAAAGUUAUUUAUAAUUAUAACAUAUAGUUAAUAUGUAUUUUCUUGGUAAUCCAGAGGAAUAAAUAAUAAUUUACUGUUGACGUUAUAGUAUUUAACGCGUUAUAAAAAACGCUUCAUUACCGUGUUUGAAAACAUGGAAAAAUUUUUCAUUCAAAUAACAGUGCAAAAACAAUACGACGGAAAUUGAAACUUUUUUGUUUUUCUAGAUCCAGGUUUAAGCAUUAUUUCAUUUAUUACUUACUUUACCAUUCAAAGAUUGCAGCAAUCGGUCAGUUUAAUCGUUGAAUGUCACCAAUGGUUCAAAUUUGAACCAACGAUGGUUUUCAGCGCUAUGGUACGUAUGAUGAAAUACAUUUUGUCGUAUCGUUACUAUUUGAUUCCUGACGUUCCUUUCAGCUAAUGAAACAGUUCAAUGGAGUUGAAACAGACCCAGUAUAGUCGAGUUGAAGCUAUGUUGGGUUUCGUUCAAAAAGUGUAAGAACUUCAGCGUUAAUUUCAACGAUAAGGAAGUUUGUUCGAUGUACACAUGCAGCGGAUAUUAAAUUGUUAUACCUUUCCUAGCUAAUAAAUAUCUUGACAUUAGUCAAAUUAAUGAAAUACGUUUGUUUUGUCUAUUUUGAUGGUUAAUUAAAAUUGUUUAUCGUCGAUUACAUAAAAUGAGUAUGUAAUACCUUUUUGGUAAAUCACAGUUAAAAUCAAUUACAUUUAAAUUCAAACUUGAAUUACUUUAAAUAAUAGACAAGUUCAUGUGGCACCUAACAGUGAGACUGCAAAUGUACCUUUUCUUAGCUUAUAUUCGAAGAGGAAAUUCAGUUGCCACUGAAAUGUGACAUUGAUUGUACCCUAUUUUUGAGUUUUUAAACCACACUUAAUAGAAAAAAUCUCGCGAAACCAAGUAUACUGUCAUCAAAGUUAUAUUUCAACUGGGGUGCCAAAUAUUUAGGAUGGAGUAUGUCGCGGGGAAUUGAUGAAAUUCUAAGAUCGUUAUACUUCAGAGUUCAAAAAAAAUCCUGAAGUAAACCUUACCGUAGACGAAUUGUAUUGAAGCGUAACAGAUCCAUAAUGUGAUCACUGUGUGGAUGAAAUUGUACAUAUAGAUAAUCAUUAAGCGUGAAAGUGUGUACGACUCAGAGAAUGAUCAGUGCUGAAUUGUAAACUGAGAGUAAUACUGUAUCUUGAUUUGUACAAAUGGUGUCUGAAUGGAUAUGAGGAUUCGAAUUGAAUGAUCAGAAACAUGACAUGAGAUUAAUUAUUAGAUAGAUGUACUAUUCACCGAAUCUUUUGUGAAACUGGCAUAAUAAAAGUUAUUCUAUUGGCA